CCGCACGGAAGAAUUCCACCAUCCAUCAGGCGAUGGGAGAGUAUAAAAGGGCAAUACUCCACUCACAAGAGAGAGAAGUCUCCCCAUGCGUGUGCGCAAGUCUCUGGUGUCUGCGCAAGUCUGGUGUCCCAUGCGAUGUUCGACGAAUGCACGUCUGCUAAUCGCUGUUGUGUGUUUGUUUUUUUUUCAGACGACGCAAACGCGAAUGAAGGCUCCUGGCUGGCAGACGGCUGAGACCCUCACCGCACGAUCGCACUUCAAUGCACACAUGCGCACCCACACCCCCUUCACAGACUGUCCGGAAUAAAGAUUUCACUACGGAAAACACUAAAACGUACAGAGCCCCCUUAGUGUCAGUACACGAAACUGAAGUUUGAAUCUCUCUGCACCAAAAUCGUGACGUCCAUGUGGAAGAUGAUGCCGGAUCUCAUCGAACGUUUCGGGAUUGAAUCGGUUCUCCGUGCAAAAGCUAAGCUGAAGGAAAAGGAUGAAUGUGAAUCAAGGAGCCGUUCUGCAACACCGAGCUGCUCAGGUCAAAGUCUACCAGAAGACUCCUCUGAUUUGGUACAGAACUCCAUUCAAACAGCCAUCACUAAAAUCAAAGCUGCAAUGCAGGAGGCAAUCCGGAGGGUCGCAUCAGGGAAAAAGUUAAAGACCGUGGCUAAUAAGAUAAUCAAGUCACUCAAAAAGAUCUCUCGUAAGUCUCAUGUUAAGCUUGAAUCUGGCGAUUCAGUGCAGCUCAAAAACAAGGCUACGCGGGAUGUGAGUGAUCUGCUGGUGAAAUAUUUUUCAUGUGUUUUAACAAGUUUGGACCCCAGCGUAGUGACGACUUCUGAUGCCAAGGAAAUGAUUGAAAUAGUGGUCAAUGGUUUAGUCAAAUCAAACAGAGCAGGAAGUUUUGUCAGGACCUGUUCCUCAGAUUCCCUUUUUGAGACUGCAGGGACUGAGGUCAACACUGUAAAUUCCAUCCCCUGCCAUUCUGAGCCAAUUUACACUUUCGCAGAGGAGUCCACCAAGUGCUUGCCUUUGUUCUGUGAAAGUCCUGUGAAACCAGAUUUCUCAGCAGAGUCAAAGAAAGGUGAUGAUGCCGCUGUCAUUCCGAUUUCCGUCAUGGAUGAUGGCCAUGUUCACCAAAUUACAGAUGAAAACAAGCUUUUGUUCAAAAAAGGAAAGGACACAGUACUUGAGUCCAACAUGUGCUUGUCAAAAUGUGUGCUGAAACAAGGCUCUAAACGUCCACCUCUGCCAUGGUCUAAUGAAGGUGCUUCAUGCAGUACUCCUGAAGUCAUUUCAGGCUCAGAUGCAGAACAUGAACCAGAAAAAAACAUCUUGGACAGACCAGCUGAAAAGGACACUAUACGUGAGCAAGCAGAUUCCCUUCGUAAGACAGCAGGGACUAUAAGUCAUGGCGGCUCUGCAGAUCCAGCACUUGUAUCCGUCGAAGAGGUGGAGAGACGUUGGUUUGACAUUAUUCCGGAGAAAAACCCACCCAUAAACUGCUAUGGCUUUAAGGUAUGA